AUGCCUCGUCCCGAACCAGGAGAGCCUUCCUCUGAGUCGGAGGAUGAAUAUGAAGUCGAAUUUAUAUAUGGUGCUAGAUGGACUGAGAGUGGUUGGGAGUACGAAGUUCAUUGGUAUGGAUACGACACUCAAUACGACACAUGGGAGCCCGAGGCCAAUUUGACGCAGUACGGCUCGGCGGACUUAGUGAAUCGCUUUUGGAAAGAAUUCCCGAAGAAACGUAAUUCACGUCCAAUACCUGGUACCAAAUACACCGCUGCGGCUAAGUGGCUAGUCGCAGAGCGGGAGCGUUUCCUUUCUCGGCGUCAAAAAGAUGAGCCUGUAAAAAGUCGUGGAGCAGCUACAAGAAAGUCAGGAAGACAGCCUGUUGCUCUUCAAGGAGACUCGGAGUCUGAAUCCCAGGAGGGCAGUAGCACUGACGACGAGGAUGUUCUGCAUAGCUCAAGUGACAGGGAUGAUGAAGAUGUCUUGCAAUCAUCGUCUUCAUCGUCUUCAUCAUCGUCUGAAGAUGCCCCUCUGUCAGCCCGUAGACCGUCAGCGACAACCUCCGACGUUGGUUUAAACUCAGGUGUUACCCUACAAACCCAGGCCGAACGGCGGCGCAAGCCCUUCCAAUCGGUCAAAUCUAAUACAAGGCCUCAGCUAAAGGGAUCCACCACGUCGAGAACUCCUGCCGCUUCGUCAAAGCCAUCUUCUACAUCAAAGGGACACGCAAGCACCGCUUCUCAAAUAGGCACUACAGCGUCGACAAGCACUACUCCCGAGGUUAGAAAGGUUGCAACGAUUUCUAAAGAACCCAUACCAGUUUCCCGACGGGGUAGGCAACCACUCAAUCGCCCGAACAUGGAGGCGGGAAAUAUAUCAGGCAGUUUUGUUGGAAUAGGUACUAAAGGAAAGCAGGCCGAACGAGCCGGCGAAGUAAUCGCACUGGGUAGGAAAUCCCAGGAUAGGGCCCCAGGUCCUAGUAACAUGUACGCCGGGAUGUCGAUGAGGAAAACUGCUCAGCACCCAGCCAAUCCCGGAAAUAGUGUUCCUCCUGUAGAGACGGCCGGGAGCGAACACAUUGUUGUCUCGCCAAUUGAAGUCUCGCCAACAGAACCAGGGCCCCCUCCUGCCUUCACAGCUGUUGAAAAUUUUGUUUCGGAUAUAGCGGCUGAGAUGGGCAUAACGAACAGCCGCGCUGGUAGCCCCACAGACAGUCUCUUCGAUGGCCCUUACGAACCGGACAAAACCUCAAUGCGAGCACCUGGAGACUUUAGCCAUAUGGAUGUAGAUCUGCCCGAGUUCGAUGACCCCCCGCCUCCUCCCGUAGUGAUUCAUCAGCCCCAUCGAAGGCCAAAUCCUCAACAGCCGAUUGUCUCGACCAGCUUGAAUGUCACUCGGGGCUCUGUCGACGGCCCCCUCUCUUUGGAACAUUUACUUGGCGCCUCACCAAUGGUAGCAAAUGCGCCCCAACAAAUUGCUACGCGAGUGUGGACCGGGGAACUCUACAUCACCACCUCGGAAACCGACCUCGAUAAUGGGAAUAUUGCCAAGGACGUUGCUAAUCGCGCCUGUGAAGUCAUCAUCAGUGAUACAGUGAUUCCCAACGAACAAACAGCAAAGAACUUCAAGGGUAUACUAAAUAAGUAUAUUAAAGACAAGAUGACCAUUCCUAGCGUUAUGGAUAUAAAUCUGUCGUUUGCUAUUAUCGCAUCGGGCGCAUUGAGUGUUUAUCAGGCUGCUUGGAUGACAUGCACUGAUCCGCAAGGGAGCUCAGAAUGGCAGACAUGGGACGGGCUGAUCCACAAGAUGGAGGUUUAUCUCUGGGUUUCAGAAAUCAGAAUAAUGGCCAGCAAUAACAAUGAAUUUUCCCAACGUCUGCUCCUUAUUCCUAUUACCCUUUUACGAAAGUACCGAAAUCUGCCUGCGUUGAGUGGGAUCUGCGAAUACUUUAAGGAUCAAGCCUAUGCACAGACCCCUAGUUUUGUCGUGUUGAUGCUCAAGAAGGAAGUUGGUUCCCUCUCUGAUGAGGAGGAGCCGCCCCCAAUUCAAGUCUCGCAGCUUCCCAAGUACUGGCAACAAAUCCCACCCGAGAUGAAGCCUUCGUUCGCGGGGGUCAACUGCCUAGUUUUCCCCUCUAGAGAGUUUGAUCACGACUAUGAGGUCCGUUUGAUGCGACACCAAUUGCGUCAAUGCGGUGCCCAUGUAAUCGAAGGGGGCGAUCCCAAAGAUACUGCAGGCGCGAUCUUCAUCCACCGUCGAUACAUGGAUAAUAUUGCAGGGCUGGCAGGGCUUUCGCUUCGUAAAUGCAAGUACAGGAUCCGAUUUUAUGUGUACGGUAGCGGCGGGAAUUGGAAAACUGCGGAUUGGGAGCUGAAGGAGAUUUGGAAGUGGGGUGGAAUGGUGACAUUUACGCCGGCUGCAUUGAUCGAAGACCCGUGGACUGUGAAGAAAGUUGUUGAGGCUCUGGAAGGGAAACCGUUUUGGGAAACUUAUAUCGAACCAAAGACAAUAGGAAUACUGUCAUUGAAUGCGCGAAAGGCUCAGGAAUCCGAGCUUUCUUGGGCAUUGGACGUACUAAUGACCGAACUCGUCACUUCCACCGAAUUCGCAUUUUACAACCUCGCACUAACAGCACCUCCCAAAUGGGGCCUCUUGGAAGAGUACGAAUGGGCUCAGGCCCAAGUCGAACGAACGUUCAUCCAAGAUGGAGACGAGCUCCGCAAGUCAUGUGAAGAUGAGAUUUUAGAGGAGUACAAGGAGCUUGCGAAAGCCAGUUUAGAAAAGGAGGAAGAAAUUAAGAAAGCAGAGGUGGAGAGAAAGAAGAAAGAGGCAGAGGCUAAGCGGAAGGAGAAGGAGAAUGCGAGUAGCGGGUGGGGAAACAAUGGUUGGGGGUCUGGAAGUGGUUGGGGUGGUGGCGAUAGUGGUGCGGUUGAUAACGCUUGGGGAUCUAGCACUAGUACUAGCGACGAAAGUCCAUGGGGAACUGGGGCCAACGAUAAUCCAUGGGGCAAUCCAAGUGAAUCCAACAACGAUCCUUGGCGUGUGGAGGCCAGCUCCGCUUCUGCGACUACCGCUGCUAAACCUGCUGAAAUUGACCUCUCCAAGAUGGGCGACGAGAAUCAUAUCUCAAACAUGAGCAAUCAGGUGAUUCAAGGCCUUAAAUGGUUCCAAAUCCAGCCGUGUUUUAUGCUCGAGACCAGGCGGUUUGUGGUCAUUGACUCGAGUAAAAGAGAGGCGAAGUUGGGGUCUGACAGGCUGGAGGUUGAGCUUUAUACGGCGGAUACAUUUGUGAAGCACCUUAAGCAAGAUAGGUGGUGGUAA